AUGAUAAUUAAUUCUAAAGUGUUUGUGAUUGUCGUACUGGUAAUUUGCGGUGUAUAUGCUCGCACUACUGAUCGAGAAUCUUACAAAAGGACCAGUGAUAAAAAAUAUGCCGGAUCAAUGCUGGCUGAGAUCGCGAAGGAACUUGUGCAAAGAUCAACGACUAGCAGUCAGGUGCUCAAUUUAAAUCUUUCAAAUCUGCUGCUUCUUUUGGUGCUUAAAGCAGUUGUGUUUGGCGCCGGUUAUAUAGGACAACACGGCUACAAAGGACGCGAAUUAGAAGAUGAAAAUAUUGUGUCGGAAGGUGAACUCGCGCUAGCUCUUGGAUAUCUAAUCGGUGAUACCUGUUUAUACAGAGCAGCUUGCGAAGAACCACAUAUAGCAAAAGAGUAUCUUGGCGCAGCUGAAAUGCUCUUGCAAACAAUGAAAUUGAUGCCACAGAACUUACCUGCAGAAUCUAACUACGAGAAGAUGAUCAUGGAAUUCCGAAAGGCGAUUGAAUACGGCAAUAUCGAGCAAUGUCCACCAGAAUACAGCUGUAAAAAAGAGAACAUAAAUAAUUUUUUGCAAAGCGAAAAAAGAUAA